AGUUGCUAAGAUGGUUCAAGUCUCAUCCAUCGGCCUCCUUCUCGGCCUAGUUGCGAGUCAGAUCAUCUCGGCCCAGGCACAAUCUCUCCCAAAACAACUCGCCGUAGUCCGUCGCCGCUCUGGUCUCACGCACAAAGAGUACUUGUACUACCAUACACUAGUUCACGGACAGAAGUCAUGGAAUGCGCCGCGAGACGAUUCCUUCCCCGGAGCCUACAUUCAAAGCCACGUCUUUGACGGAGUCUUUGGUGCGAACAAUAGCGUAGCGAACCAAGUCUACGUCGGACGCGACGACAUUGCAGAGCUAUACAGCAGCUCCCCAACGUCUUUCACGGGCCCGCCGUCCACGAACUACACUCAGACGGUAAUCGGACCAGAUGGAGCCAACUUCAACGAUUUCCCAGUUGCCAUGUCGAUGAUCGCGACGGAGACUUUCCUGACCAAUAACACUGCGGGUGCCCCGAAACCUCCGGCGAAGCCCGGUAGCGAGCCCCCGGUCGCCUUCUUCUGGGCCAUGGCUACGAAGAAUGCUACAUCCAACGAGACGUUUGCGAGAAACCUGGCGGAUGCGCUCAUCAAACCCUUGCCCGCUGGAACGAUUUACAACGCCAGUAUCCACGUGCCCAUUCCAGGCGCCGAUGUCAGGCCUUACUUUGGUGGGGAGAACAUGCCGAUCAUCAAUACUGUCAUCAAAUUGUGGCUCAAUGACAGCGGGUCGGCCAUCACGCAGCUUCGGGCUUCGCAAACGAAAUUGGACAAUGCGGCACUCAAUUUGGACGAGAAUCUGUCAUAUAUGCUGUUUUCCAAAGAGGUGACGAUUUGGGACACCAGGGCUGGCAUCAAUUUUGAUAUUCCGCGCCUUGAGGCUGUAUUGAAGGCUGAGAAUUAUUGAUCACAGACUACUCGAGGGGUCAGUUAUGGGACACGGAACAGAACCCGAUGAAAAGCCUGUUGGGUUUCAAUUAGGCAUGCGUCCAUAUAUGUAAAUAUCAAUGAAAUGGACUUUCGAUCUGUCCAAAGUCUUCCUCCGGCUAGAUCACGUUGAGCGGCCGCCGUGAUGGGGCAUUCGGAAGUAUUGCUUCAAGGGCCCAACGACGGUUGAAACACGUUGACUAUUGUCUAAAGCAUCUGAC